CCCCAACGGAUAUUGUCUCAAUCUAACUUCCUGGUGUCACAUUAAUUCGUAUCCCCAAACAGAAAUGGCUAACCUAGCUGCUGCUGCUGCUGCCGCUGCUGCUGCCGUCGCUGCGAACAGAGACCCAGCUGUUGAUCGAUCACUACGAUCAGUGUUCGUGGGGAACAUCCCGUAUGAAGCCACAGAGGAGCAGCUGAAAGACAUCUUCUCUGAAGUGGGGCUUGUUGUUAGCUUCAGGUUGGUGUAUGACAGGGAAACAGGAAAGCCAAAGGGUUAUGGCUUCUGUGAGUAUCAGGACCAGGAGACAGCCCUCAGUGCCAUGCGGAACCUGAACGGGAGAGAGUUCAGUGGUCGGGCGCUCCGCGUGGACAACGCAGCCAGUGAGAAGAACAAGGAGGAGCUUAAAAUUGAUGCAGGUUUGGGAACAGGAGCCCCCAUUAUUGAGUCUCCUUAUGGGGACACUAUCCAGCCACAGGAAGCCCCGGAGUCCAUCAGCAGAGCUGUGGCCAGUCUGCCACCUGAGCAGAUGUUUGAGCUUAUGAAACAGAUGAAGCUGUGUGUGCAGAACAGCCCCCAGGAGGCGCGGAACAUGCUGCUGCAGAACCCUCAGCUGGCCUAUGCUCUGCUGCAGGCCCAAGUGGUAAUGCGGAUCGUUGACCCUGAGAUAGCCUUGAAAAUGCUCCACCGUCAAACGCCAGCCCAGCCUCUGAUUCCCAGCACGCAGGUCGGAGGAGCGCCGCCGGUCAACCCUCCUCCAGCUCUGCCCAGCGUGCCGGUGUCUCAGCCGCAGCCUGGGCCUGGAAUGCACGUCAACGGAGCCCCUCAAAUGAUGCAACCCCCCAACAUGGGCGUUGUCCCUGGGCCAAUGCCUGUGCCAGGACCUGUACCAGUACCGGGACCAGGACAAGUACAAGGACAAGCGCCAGGACCAGUCGGACCUCCAGGAAACCUUCAGCAUUCUCCCACAGGAUCGUCUGGGCAAGCUGCUAUCGAGCGGCCUCAAGGACCAGGCGGUAUCCCCCCCAGAGGCCUGCUGGGAGAUGGACCCAAUGAUCCCAGAGGAGGAACUCUGCUGUCCGUCACUGGAGAGGUCAUAGAGCCCAGCCGUGGUUACAUGGCAGCUCCACCGCCCCACCAGGCCCCACCUGUACACAUGGCCCAAAUGGCGAGCGGACCCCCUCCGGACAUGAGAGGCCCUCCGAUGGACAUGAGAGCCCCACCCAUGGGCGAACCACGCAACAUGAUGGGCGACCCCAGAGGGCCCCCGAUGAUGGAGCCACGCGGCCCCCCGAUGGAGACCAGAGGUCGUGACCCGAGGGCGAUGGAAACUCGCGGCCCAGCGGCGGGUCAGAGGGUUCCCAUGGCGACAGGAAUGCCCGGCCCCGUUCCUCAUAGCAUGGGCCCCAACGCUCCUCCACCUGCAAGACCGGGUCCUGGUAUCUCUGGUGGUCCUCCAUCAGGAGGAGGAGGCUUCAGUCCGGGGCAGAGCCAGGUCUCCACACAGGACCAGGAGAAGGCCGCCCUGAUUAUGCAGGUCCUGCAGCUCACCCCAGAACAGAUCGCCAUGUUGCCCCCGGAGCAGCGGCAGAGCAUCCUCAUCCUCAAAGAGCAGAUUCAGAAGACUGCAGGAGGGGCACCUUGAUGGUCUGAGGAAAAACUUCAAAAAGGACUCACAAACUGCUCCGACCCCACCGACCCCCGUCACCUCCAGCUCCAACAGGUCUGAAGACGUCUCACCUUUAGUUAUUAUUGUAUAGCUUUUUUUUUUUUAAAUCAUAUUGUCUGUUUUGUGUAUGAAAGAGUCAGUUUGUGGAUUCAAAAGGACAUUUGAGUGGAUGAUGAAUGCUGAACAGAUAGAAAGACCAGGGCUGGAUCGUCACCAGGUUUCAUCCCUUUUUUUCCCCUCCAGAGCCGACUGUUUUCAUUUUAUCGGCUCUGGUUUGUCUGGAUAUUUUUUUUGUCAAUAAAACAACAACAAAAAAUAAA